AUGGGCCUACGACCAGCACGGCUCACCCGCUUGCCGCGACUCCUCGUUGCCAAAGCACACCACACAAGCCCCGUCUCCUGUUCUCCGUACAAGGACUCGCAGGACAGAGAGUCGCUGCGACCGCGACCGGCAGAGAACACCAAGUCUGGCAGGGACGACGAUGUUGCCGGUGCGCCAAAAGCCGCGUUUGGCCGAGGCGUGACUUCGCCCGAGGGACAGCGCGCCAUGGCCGGGAAGGAAGAGGGCGGCGAUCCGCUGGAAGCCAGCGGUGCCAAUCAAGACCUGAGCAAGCCGCAGGGGGAUGAGAAAUCUAGACGUGUCGCGGGCGCAGGCAGAGAGGUCAGCAAAGGUGGGAAGAGUGGCGGCGGCAAUACACAGAAGCACGGGUGA